AGAUUGAGGUUAAGUUCAAAUUUCAAAAAAUGGCGCUUCUCUGAGGACCGAUGAUGACGUCGUUUGAGUUUGUUUUGACUCACUCCGGUUUGAUUGCGUGAUAUAUUUUUGAAAUUUUAGGAUGCAACCCAAGUUACAAGCGGAAAGAAAUGCCCAUCAGAUCGCGAAGGAAGGUAGCUACAAGGCGAAGGGAAACGGUGUUUCCCGAAUCGGAGAAUUCCCGAAGCGAACUGUUCGUCAACAAUGACCGUCAGCGGUGGCAAAAGGGACGAGUGGUGGAACAGCUGGUGGAUUCCCCCUCAGUGAUAAUGCUUUCCAGUGCGGAGAAUACGCCGGGGCCGUUGGUUGGACACCCGGGAAUUCGCGAUGGGUCCGUGGUGGAUAUAAGUUCGGUGCCGGGGAGGGCCACCCGGUUAACCGAUGUCGAUAUGGUUCUGGAAGAGACGGAUAUGCGAUCGCAUCGAGCGAGGACGCAGCUAUUCGCCUUGGACGAAACCAAUACGAGCGUCGUCAAUCUGGACGAGACGGAAAUGAUUAUAAGAGAUCGUCCCAAAUCGUCGGUGGCUCAGCGCUGGACCAGAAGCGCAUCGUUAGCUCCGGUUGACAUCGUUGGAGAAGCCCGUCGCAGUUCCGUGUAUUCGAUGGUGACGAAACGUAAUCGACGAGGUGCUGCUGGUGCACGGGUGGUCAUGGCAAGUGCUUCGAUUGUACCGGAAGAUCGUGAAGCAAACGACGGAGCGGGGAAGGAUUUGUCUCAGAUUACGGAAGAGCAAUCGACUUCACCAGGAUCUAGUGGAUCAGAGCGGACUCCGCAGCCAGUUGUGCGGGAGUUGGUCAUUCAGACAAGAACGAUGUUGAGACAGGGAAAAAAGUGGUCACCGGAGCAAGGUAGAGCCAAAUCCGCAUCUCGGGCGACUUCCCUUGAAUCAAAAGUUUCCCGUCGGAAAAGAAAAGAUCCAAAUCCUCAGCCUGAGCAACCCAUGGAGCAUGUUUCCGCUCAGAAAAAGCCGGAAUCAUCUGAUUCAACUGAGAUGGCUUCGCGAAAGAGUUCUCAGUUUUCAAAAGUGUCGAAGCGGAAACGACCUAAACAUGCUCCGGAUAAAAGCAAGGAGGCGACUAGUGAACUUUCCGAACCAGAUCGUUCAUCAGAACUUUCUGGAAGUCGUUCGGCUUCUCAGGUUCGCGAGCCAAGGUCGAAAAAGCGACGUACUGAAACUAAUAAGGAUGUUUCUGAGACAAACAACAACGAAACUUUGAAAGACCUAUCAAGCUCUGACAAUCAAGACACAGCCUCGACGUUCAGGCGCCCUCGAACUCGAUCGGUUUCCCGACCUCGUCAAACACCGGCUUCACUACCGAAACGGGGGAGAUCGCGAACUCGAACCACUCAGAAGGAACCAUCAAGUCCGGAAAAAUCAGAUCCGGAUACGACGUCAAAGCGCAUUAAAACCCGUUCCGCUUCCCGGGCUCGUAAACCGGAACAAACAGAUACCGGCAAACGUGGACGACAACGGCCUCGCGUUAGGGCCGCUUCUGAGUCGGUUGAGCAAGCUACACAAGCAGAGUCCCAGCCUUCACAAGCGCCUUCAUCUCAGAAGCAACGCGGACGGCCUCGGAAACGAAUUACUCCCGACGAUUCAGUCACUCAAAAAUCUACUAAAGAGAAAUCAGACACGGAUAAGCCAGCUUCACCAUCGGACUCGAUAUCGAAACGUCCCCGAACGCGAUCAGUUUCGCGAGCUCGUCAGCUUCCAUCCGACUCCAAGAGCUCUACAAUCCGGAAACGACAGAAUAAGUCCUCAUCAAGCACUUCCGUUCAGCAUGCUAAACCUCCCACAUCCUCCCGAUCAUCCCGCAUCCGGACAAAGUCACCAGCCCCUCUGGAACGUAGCUCCACAAGGUCCACCCCAACCCGGGCAAAGUCUGUUCCGCGGAAUGUCCUCCUGUCGCCAUCAUCAUCCACAGCGAGCAAGUCCCUACAGCACAUCCCGAUCUACCGACGGUACGCCGAGCAAGUCCUUCAACUGACGUCCCGGCCAAAAACCCCUAAACCGAAACCCACCGUCCCAACGGGUGAAUCGGACAUCUACUCGUUCGAUUCCCUGAGUCAGAGCUCUUCGGGUGGAAGCGAUGACAACGCUGGUGCUGAUGCUAGAACCACCAAGGCACCAAAAGGAGGAUCCACGGUCAAGAAACGAGCCAACAAUGUGUCUCGGAACAGUAAAAAGACCCCGCUCAAGAAGGCACAACAUCAUCAGCAUCCGACUGUGUUCGGAACAGAUAUGUAUAAGAUCAGCAGCGUGGUGAAGAAGAUUGGUGGAGGGCCGGUGCGAAGACGACAGGAAGAUCCGGUGGGGUCGGAAUCAACGGCGAGCGAGGUGACCUCGAGGAAUGUUGUGCCCACAUCAACGCUGGCAGCAAUGGUUCAAUCGCAACAGCCAUCCAAUGCACCAAUCGUAAAUCCCCGCAGUCCUUCUCCAGCGAUCGUCAACGAUGAUGAUCAUCAUCAUCAUCAUGACGACCCUGUUGAAAAUCACGGUUUCGAGAUCGAAAACAUUCCGGACGUGGAAAUGCCAACACCUCUUUCACCUCCCCGGCUAAAUCCACAGAUCCACCGUAUCCUGCAGCAGAAAGUCACCGCACCGCAAGUGCACACACCGGACAAAACUCAACCGAACGCCACCAUCAACUUCUCGCCUCUCGGAGCAUCCUCACCUUGGCGCGUACAAAACGAAAACAUCCUCCCGAAGACGUUCUACUUUGCCCGGUCUGCGGACAUGCUGCCCUCCUACGAAAGCGAUCUUGUCAUUCAGGAUGAAAAUCGUCCCCAGGCGAAACCUCGGGACGAAGCACCGGCUCCAGUUCUCCCCCCUACCAUUGCUUCUCCACGUUCAACGAACAUUCCACCAGCCAAUCCCUCGAAGCCCUCCGCAGCUGUGUUCUCGGAUAUUCAGAAGUCUUACGAACAGCUGAAAGCCACCAGCGAAAUGAGCGAAAAGCUCAUCGUCGCCAUGCGAAAGUACAAAUCGAACAUCCACAAUCAGACGACCUCGAUGGGUAACGAUAGUUCCCCCGAAGAGCUGUUUGCCAAGUUCCGAGAAUACGAAGAGAACAUGAAGAAGACGUAUCUGAAGUUGAAGCAAUGGUACGACCGAUCGAAACGAUCGUACACCCAAACCAUGCAAGCCAUAGAGCAAGCCGCUCCGAAGACCCAAGCCCAGCAGCAACUGGUCGAAAACUUCCGCCGGAACUCCCAACGGUUCGUAACGAUGAUGACCGAUCUGGAAUCGGCCAUGAAUGACUCCAACCUGGAAAACCUUUCUCCACCGAAGUCCGUCGAGAAUCGUACCAAGCCUGCUUUCAAGGACGUCAUCCUCACCGAGCGAAACCUGAACGAUCGCAACCGAAGUCCGUUAAAAACGUUGAACAUCGUGAAUCUACCUCCGAGAUUCUCUCCGAUCAAAUCCCCGCUGGUGAAGGCAUCCUUUGCAUCGUUCACCGCCAACCGAACCCUUCCGCAGCAUUCUAAAAGUCGAGAUUUGUUCAGUCGUUUGAGUUUGACGAAGCCAACCCGCACAGAAGCUUCAAAUGCAGCUCCCGUUGAGAGUGUGAUAGAAGUAGCUGACACCAUGGUGGAAGCUCCUCAACCGGAAGCGGAAACGACGAAGCACGAUCAACCCCAGAAGGAUCUCUUCGGAUUUGAAAGCGACUGCGAAGAAGAUCAGGAUGAUGCAUCCCAUGUUUCCGUCAAUCCAACCCCGGUCAAAAUCACCCGAGAAACGCUCAAAGAGCGACUUCAAAGCGUUCGGAAGCUGCUUCCGCAACCCAAUCGAUCGAUGAUCGGAGAAGCCUCAUCGUCAGUCCAACAGCAAAGUGUGCCGCGCAUCUUCAACAGUCCCCAACGGCGGCAGAAGCGGUUGCACACGAUCCAGAGUGUGUUCAGUUCUUCCACUCCUCUGGGAGAGAAACGCAACCGGUGGGCUAAGAUGGGACGUCGGGAACCGGUGGCCGAAACGGCUGCCGCCGAAGAGCCAAAUGUUUCCGCUAUCGAAACGGCGGAAAAGGCGACGAGUGAGACCAGAGCGCAGCAGGAGAGUCCUCCGGCGGCUGUGUUCGACGAACCGGAGCAAGAGCUGGCGUCCACUUCGAUCAACAACAGUGUGAAUCGAACGUACGGUCGGGCACCACGUCGAAACGUAAAACGGAAGCGGAACAUUUAUCUGGCGAACCUGGGUCUUAGCGAUAGUGAAGUGGACGAGGAGGAGGAAGAAGGACAAGAUAUUGGAGCAACGGCGGACAAGGCCGACCCCGAAUGGACAGAAGCAGAUUCCGAUACGGAUUGGGCAAACGCAGGAAAACAACGCAAGAAACGUCAGCAGCAGAAGAAGAAGCAGAAAACGCACAAUCAACCUGAUGCCGCCGCUGGGAAGAAAAAGAAGCAGAAGAAAACCGUUGAGCAGACGGCCGAGUUCCAGAACUUUGUCAGUGAAUUCAACAACAUGUGCGAGCAAGUCAACAAAUACCAGUUGGUGAUCGAGAAGCCUGCUGCAGUGCCGCAGCAGGUGUAGUUAAGCAGAUUAAGUGUCGCCGAAACAGUUUGUAAAACUUUAUUUUUUAUCGAGUCUCUCUCGCUUUCUUCUGAAGUUCUGUAUUUUAGCCAAGUGUUUAUUUUGCAUUUCAUAUGAAGCUUACAGUCAGUGUGUAAUUUCGACAAUCGAUAGGAAUAGGUUUGAUACUCGUUUUUAUACGUCGUUUUUUAUCUUUAUAAGUUUUACCUCAUUUUCGAUUAUUUUUGUAGCGCGUUUUGAUUUUUUUUUCUAAUAAUAAAACUUGAAUGUAUGAAAUGGCAGUACUAA